CCACACAUAAAGGUAUGUUAUGAGACUCAGUGACAAGUGUAGUACAUUUUGAUAAAAAUAAGACCAUGCGACUACUGUUGUUGUCAACGUUGGCAUGGGGCGUCCUCGGCGACAUGACAACGACGAUGCAGGUGACGAGUCAGCAGGGACAGACAUUGCUCGGAUCAUUCUGUUUCGACCUACAAGCCGACAUCCUGGGCUGGGAACUUGAUGUGACUUUCAGCACACCGGUAAAGGAUCUUAGUGAAUUUGAUGGUGAUAUCAUCUCUCCCUCUACUGGUGCCUGCUUUACACAAGUGAAGAUGGUCAACAAGCCCCCCAACGGCGUCCACUACUCAGGGGAACAUGUGUGUGUCAAGAUGCAGGUUCACAGGUGCAGUUCUUCUGUUAUCACUGCUACAGGAGUGCUACGGGAUCUCACCCAUGCCCAGCAGGCCGUUCCAACAGCACCGACAGGUGCAGGUGGCCAGGCAACCAAGUACAACUACGGUGAGGUCCUGAUGAAGUCCAUCUUGUUCUACGAGGCUCAGAGAUCCGGGAAACUCCCCCCUGACAACAGGAUCCCCUGGAGGGGGGACUCCGCCCUCAACGACAAGGGGGUAAACGGGGAGGAUCUCACUGGGGGAUGGUAUGACGCCGGAGGUAAUACAAAAUUUAACUUCCCCAUGGCGUUCAGCACGACCCUCCUGACGUGGGGUCUCAUCAGGUACAAGGACGCCUACGAGAAGACGGGUCAACUGGACAAGAUGUAUGAAUGUAUCAAGUGGCCUCUGGACUACUUCAUCAAGUGUCACACCAAUCCCAACGAACUGUACGUUCAGACAGGAGACGGUGCUUAUGAACACUCAACGUGGACGAGCCCAGAACGUAUGAAUCAGAACAGGCCCACCUUCAAGAUAGAUGCUGAUAAUCACGGGUCUGAUAUUGCCAUGGAAGUUGCAGCAGCAAUGGCUGCUGGUUCCAUUGCAUUUAAACAGAAAGACCCUGGGUAUUCCACCACGCUGCUGACCCAUGCCAAGCAGUUAUACACGUACGCCAUGGCUCACCAAGGGAAGUACAGUGACAGUGUGCCGGACGUCUCCGACUUCUACAAAUCAUAUGGGUUCGCUGAUGAGAACAGUUGGGGCGCCAUCUGGUUGUUCAAGGCCACGGGAGAUAACCAGUACCUGACUGUCGCAGAACAACACCACAUGCCAGGGGUGGCGUGGGGAUUCUCGUGGGAUGAAAAGAAUGCUGGUGCUAAUAUCCUGCUAUACGAGGCUACCAAGAAGAGCAUCUAUCAGCAGGACAUCGUCUCCACCUUCAAUACCUGGCUACCUGGGGGCUCUGUGACAUACACGCCAAAAUGCCUGGCCUUCAGGUUAAAGUGGGGCUCCCUUCGAUAUGCAGCUAACAUGGCCUAUCUGGCCCUGGUGGCAGCAGAUGAAGGUAUCAACACUUCCCAGUACCGUCAGUGGGCGAUAGGUCAGAUCCACUACAUUCUGGGAGACACCGGAAGGAGUUUUAUAGCAGGGUUUGGUAAGAACCCUCCACAGAGACUUCAUCACCGGGCAAGUUCGUGUCCACUGCUUCCGGCACCCUGUUCCUGGGAUAUGGAGAAAUACAAAGGUCCCAACCCACAAAUCCUAUAUGGCGCCAUGGUUGGCGGGCCCGACCAGAACGACACCUACACUGACGACAGGGACGACAACGUGAGGAACGAAGUUACCUGCGACUACAACGCCGGGCUGCAAUCCAGCGUAGCUGGUCUUCAACAUCUGGCCGUUGUUUCCCAGUUUCCCAACCCCCUGCAGCCCGUCUGUCCUCAGUGAUCGCCCACAGAUGGACUGUACAUAACAUUGAGAUACCCAUAACUGAUUUCACUCUGUAAUGUCUAUGAUAAUAAAAUGUCCUCUGUUCA